AUGGAACUCCUCGGCGAUGUAGCACUUGGAGCCCGGGCACUGCGCAGCAACAGCCUGCUUCGUUACGACCACACAAAAUUAUCUCUUAUGGGCUGUCUUCGUCCAGCUACUCCAGGCUUCAUUGCGACAUUAACUGCAACUAUCCUACUUGCCAUAGUUUCAUUCUGUGUCCCCUUCUUCAAAUCCGUUUUCUUCCUCAAAGCCGAGGCCACUGUCGGUGGCCAGAAUGCGACCAUCACAUUUGGAACACUUGGCUAUUGCUUCGAGCUCAACGGCAACGUUAGUUGUUCAAAACCCUCAGUUGGAUACGAACUAGACAUCAACUCCCUAGUCGGCAACAAGACACCCAUCGAAAUACCACAGGUAGCGGUCAAAUGGAUUACAUACGUCCUGGUCCUUCACAUCGUCGCUCUCGUUUUCGCAGCAGGUUCUGCCGUAUUCGGUCUUCUCGCACACGUUCGUGAAAUGUCGAUGAUGUGUUGUAGCACUUGUGUGUCCGGAUUCGCUGCUGUCGCAGCACUCCUCGCAUUCAUAUUCGACCUCGCUCUCUUCUUUCUCGCAAAGGCAAGAAUUAACGCUGUUGGCAAAGCUACGAUAGGGAACGCGAUCUGGCUUACCCUUGCUGCAUGGGUCCUUCUAUUCUUCAGUGGCUGUUUCUAUACCAUUGGCAGAUGUUGCAUAUCUAAACGAGGGCCAAGGGACAAAUGGGGAAAGAGACCAAAUGAAUAUGGGGAGGGUCCUGGAGGAAACAACACCUCGCGUGACAUGUAUGCUGAACAAAUGCGUAUGGAUGCGGUCAAGGCUGAGCAGGCGAGGAAAACCAAGCAGCAAGAAGUCGGGUUACCCGCGUUUCAUGAGAGUGUGCCGUUAACUGCCCGCGUUGAAGGUGACUCCGUAUAUACUGAAUCGUACAGCGACAAUGUUCCGGUCAGCCCCAGAUCCCCACAUGGUCCCCGACAGAACUCAAACGGCGGCUAUGCGGGCGGAGGUUACAUGCAGCAGCCGACUAGUAACAGAGCAGUAGAUGAAUACUAUAAUCCCUCGGCGGCGCCUGCCACCUCAUAUCCUCCUGAGCCACGCAGGCAGGGGAGUGCUCACAGUUACGCUACAUCCAAUUAUUUCCCUCCACAGCCUCCCGUCGCUUCACCCCCGCUUCCAAAUCCCAACAACCAAUAUCUAGCUGCAGGACCCCGGACUACUACACCAGGGCGGGAAUAUGGCCACGCAACUGGUGGAUCAACAUAUUAUUCCGCUCACGACCAACACCCAAGCUCAUAUUCCCAGUAUGACGCGUACGGUGGGCAGCCCGACCCCUACGCACAAGCCACAUCGCCUGCUCAGAGAGGAUACAAUUCUCAUGCAACAUCAUUUUACACUCCCGCUACAACACCGGGAGCAGCACCAGACCGCACCUACACCUUGGGCGGGGAUGGCUAUGGCACGAAUUCAGUUCCGCCUUUGCAGGAACGUUCACCCUCAGUUCCCGCAAUCCCCGACCAUCCAGCCACAGCAGGCUACAUACCGUAUUCGACUUCACCCCCACCCCCACCCAAUAGGCAACAGGCGCCACCCGCCCACAGCUAUGAUGAUAACCCCCCAGGGUAUGAAGCCGAAACUUCAGGUAUUCCAGGAGCAUGGGGGAAACACUGA